CACUCUGCUUCUGCUCGCUGGCAACCACUCCUUAAUUACGGUUCUCUGUCAUCUUCUUCCGGGUAUUGUUUAUUUUUCUUCCGAAGCAGCUCUCUCUUCCUUAUUUGCUUAAUUUGUCACUCUCCACAAUGUUCUGGACCAUCGGCUGCAUUUACGGGGCAUCCUCCGUGAUGCUUGGUGCGUUUGGAGCCCACGGGUUGAAAAAGCACAUCAGUGACCCAGCAAGGCUCGCAAACUGGUCGACCGCUGCUCAAUAUCAGUUGAUUCACAGCGGCGUACUUCUUCUCGCAGCAGCUGCUGCCCCAAAGAACAAGGUUGCUGCUGUACUCUUCACUGCUGGGAUGACGAUGUUUAGUGGUAGCAUCUAUCUGCUCGUUCUAGACCCCCAGCGUUUCAAGGCUUUGGGACCUGUAACUCCGCUGGGAGGCAUGUGUUUGAUUGCCGGAUGGGCAGCUCUCGCGUUUGGCAGCCGAGGUCGAUUUGUUCAGUGAAGCAGUAUGAAUAUAAAGGGAGUUUUGGGUUGGGUUCUUUAUGUAUCAAGUCUUACCGGAAUACUCAUCUCUGCACUACUACUGCUACCACUA